CACAGGCUUUAGUCAUAUCUGAGCCUGAGACCAUCACACAGACCAGCACAGAUCUCUAUUGAGAUACAACAGCACCAUGGAGUGGACACAACAGAUGAGUGACCUGGUCCUGGCAAUAUACAGCAUCACGCUGAUCACGGGUCUCCCUGCCAACCUGCUGGCCCUCUACACCUUCGUCCGGAAAUUGAGGCAGAACCCUACACCCAUCGACGUGCUCCUACUCAGCCUCACCAUCUCGGACCUGAUCUUCCUCUUCUUCCUCCCUUUCCGCAUGAAAGAGGCAGUGGACAGGAAAUGGACCAUGAGCUACUUCCUUUGCCCGCUUUCAGGAUUCAUCUUCUACGCCACCAUCUACAACAGCACCUUCCUCCUGACGGCUAUCAGCGUGGAACGCUACCUCGGCGUGGCCUUCCCCAUCAAGUACAAGCUCAAGAGGAAACCUCGCUAUGCUGUCAUAGCCAGUGUGAUAUUCUGGAUCAUCUCCAUGGCCCACUGUAGCAUUGUCUACAUCAUGCAGUACUACGACCACAGCAACCGCACUGCCAUCGAUCCAUCCCUGAGGAACACCUGCUACGAGGAGUUCAGCCAGGAACAGCUCAACGUCCUUUUGCCGGUUCGCCUGGAGCUGUUCCUCGUACUCUUCUGCAUCCCUUUCGCCAUCUGCUGCUUCUGCUACAUCAACUUCAUCCUCAUCCUCUCUCGCCUACCCAACAUCAAUCCCAAAAGGAAGUUCCGAGCGAUCGGACUUGCUCUGGGCACCCUCAUCGUCUUCAUCAUCUGCUUUAUGCCCUACAAUGUUUCCCAUGUGGUGGGUUACAUCGGUUGGUACAGUCCAAACUGGAGAGUGUACGCCCUGCUCACCAGCACCUUCAAUGCCUGUCUCGACCCUUUCAUCUUCUACUUCUCAUCGUCGGCUCUUCGCCAGAUGUUUAAACAUUGCAUGCAAGGACUUUUCAGGAAGUUGCAUCUGUCCUGCUGCUGCGAAGACCUCAACUGUACCCAGUUGAGCUGUUCUACGGCUGAGGAGACCACGCAAAGCUCUAAUGAGUACUCGCUGGAAUCUACGUCCAAGACCAGGAUGAGACAAGUGUAGACUUUUGGUCAGUGGAUGGAUAUUGGGGAUGUCUUGACCAGCAAGUUGAAGCAUUUUGAGGAAUAUUGCACCUUUCGAGGACCAUUCAAGCCAGUAGAAUUUAGGGUUUACACUUGUCUAAGCCCUGUCCAACGGUCAUGGUCAGAGUAUGGUUGUGAUAUAGUGGUUGAUCUGAUACCGGACAAGUGCUCUCCUUUCAAUGAACUCAAUGAACUCAGCGUGGUAAUUCACAAGAGGGCCCUUGAAUUCUUCUCAUAGUGACAUUUCAUGGUCAUGCACCACAGAAUGGGAUGAAAAAAAGCUUGCAGUCAGUGUCAACUGGGCAUUAUUAUGUAUUAUACCGUAUAUAGAGCUUUUGCACAUACUCAACCCUCGUGUACAAGUUCAACAACCUCUUGACUGAAGUUGACAAAGGGCCAGAUUCAUAAAAGAUAAAACUCCAGGUCCAACAUGUUUUUAUGAAGUUGCGGUUUCAUGGUGGAUGCUCUCAGUUUAGCAUUGCACUGCAUUGCAUUUUUUUUAAAAACAAAAUUGACUUGGUAACCUUUUAAACUCCAGUGGUUCCAGUGCUUUUUCCCAACAGGUUAGGUGAUUUAAGAGUAAUUGGGACAGAUAUUUCAUUUAGAUGUUAUAGAUUCACAACUAGACUUUAUCAAAACCCUUAUGUUCCAAUCACCCUAAAUUUUUAGAAUUUUAAUAUUUUUUACAACCCUACACAACAAUGUAGUCUCAGUUUGAUUGACUAGAUGGACAGAAAAUGUGCUUUGAAGAGCAAAAUAGGUUAAUAUUUUUCAAUGCAAGUGCUGGGGUUACCGUGCUGAGAAAACCUCACCCAGAAUUACCACAUUUGGUUCUAUUACUGAACCACAUCAGUCAAAAUGUAGGUGUGAAAAUCUUUGAAAAUGGUUCAGAACCUUAGCAUUCAAUCUUCAAAUGUUUCUUUAAACACCCACAUCUCUGGUUUAGACAUGGUUCUUCAAGGAACCAACAAUCAAACAACCCAUUGGUAACACCUUACUAUUUAAGCAUUUUGGUCGAAUUCAGCAACAAAUAAGGAAUAGGAGAUUUAAAAAUACACUUAGGUUAAAUUAAAAUUUAAAAUCAACAUCAAAUGCAGCUUCCAACUGCUGUCAGAAGUGCUUAAAACUAUUUUGUAUGAAUGUUCUGAAAUCUUUCUCAAGUUAAAGUCCUGCCAGUGAUACACUGAGUCAUUUUUUAGCUAUAUUUAUUGGAUCAACUUCUUUGUCAGGGUUAAUUCUGCUAUAAUUUUUUGCAGAAUAGUAUGGUUUACAAAGCAGAUAGCAUUAAUACCUGAUUUUACAUAAAUGGUAAAACCAUUUAAACUCCAGUAAACCAAUCAUAGAUAAAUCAUGGUUAAAAUUAAGGACACUUCACUAAAAAUGUAUAUAUUUUUUUCCCAUAUUUAAACUAUUUGAUAUUGAGCCCUUUCAAUGAAAAAAAAAAAAAAACUCAUUGCAACUUUUUUUUUUUCUUUUGGGAAAAAUCAUUUAUUCUAUCACGACCAAAUUAAGACAAACAUUAAACAAAAACAUGCAAAGGGGAAAUCCAAAAUCGUGGUGAAGAAAUGCGUAGGUCAUAAACAGACUUAGGCUAGACUAAAAACAAGGCAUGAAGGGUCAAUACACCAAAAUAAACAAUAACACAGGCAAGAGAAACUAUUUGUAUAGACGACAGAACCAGAUCUAAUACUCGGCUAUGAGGAGGAGUAAAGAGCAGGGUUAUACAGCUCUGGAAAUAUAAAGAGAUUAUUUAUAGGUUCAUGUUUUAGUAAAAUAAACAUUGUUGUUUUAUUCUAUAAACUACAGACAACAUUUCUCCCAAAUUCCAAAUAAAAAUAUUAUUGUCAUUUAGAGCAUUUAUUUACAGAAAAUGAGAAAUGGCUGAAAUAACAAAAAAGAUGCAGAGCUUUCAGACCUCCAAUAAUGCAAAGAAAACAAGUUCAUAUUCAUAAAGAGUUUUAAGAGUUCAGAAAUCAAUAUUUGGUGGAAUAACCCUGAUUUUUAAUCACAUUUUUUUCAUGCAUCUUGGCAUCAUGUUCUCCUCCACCAGUCUUACACACUGCUUUUGGAUAACUUUAUGCUUUACACUCCUGGUGCAAAACUUCAAGCAGUUCAGUUUGGUUUGAUGGUUUGUGAUCAUCCAUCUUCCUCUUGAUUAUAUUCCAGAGGUUUUCAACUUGGAUAAAUUAAAGAAACUCAUAAUUUUGAAGUGAUCUCUUAGUUUUUCCAGAUUUUGUUUUUAGGUCAGUUUUUUUUGACAGUGUGACAGAUGUGACAUAUUUAUUCUUUUUUUUUUAUAUUUGAUUAAUCACAAAAGGGAGAAAUGCUCUGUAUACGGUUAGUCAUUGGGUAUGAGUCAUUUAAUAUAUAUAUAUAUAUAUACGUAUAUAUAU